AUGCACCGCAGCGGCGCCCGCUCCGCAGCCUCCGCGCACCGGGCGCCCGACGGCGGCCCGCGCUCCCGCUCCCGCCGCCGCUCCCGCUCCCGCUCCGGCUCGGCCUCGGCUCCGUGUCGCCGGCCCCGCCGCUCGCGCUCGCCCUCCGGCCCCCGCGCCGGCCGCCGCCGGAGCCCCCGCUCGCCGCCCCCGCGGGCCCGCCGCCCCUUCGCGCCCGGCACGUCGGCGCCGCGAGGCAGCAGGGACGCCCGCGACCCCCGGGUAAUGGAUGCCGCGCGGAGGCUCGGACUCGCAGGCGCACGGACACACAGCACACGCACGCACCCUGCCCAGUGCCACCCCAUGGGCCCGGCCCGCCCUGCCCACUGGCUCGGGGGAGCAGGACUCGCCCGCAGGACCCCCCCACAGGACGGACCCUCCGGACAGCCUCUGGCCGGGCCUGGCCCCGGACUUCGGCCCUCGAGGCGACGCUCUCGACUAGCGGGACCGCCCAGAGCGCAGCGGGCCGGGCCGGGCCGGGGGGACGCCCGCUACUUCGCUUCCUCGCAUUGGCGUCCAGACUUUGAUUUCAGAAGAUCUCCUGGUCUGCAUUCUAAUUCUUCAGGACAGAGCUUAAGAAUCACUGUUGGCGACGACCACUUCUCUGAACAGCAUCGGUUUAGUGAUCGGCUGGGGUCACCUGUGGAUGGUCUGGAGGAUGUGCACAGGGAUGACCUGAAUAAGGAGUCUGUCUUCCCAAGAAGAUCCCAAUGUUCUCGAGGUCUUGACCGAUACAUUUCCCGAGAAGAGCGACCUCUCAGUCCCUUCUUGGGACACUUGGAUGAGGACUAUCAUAAACGAGACACUUUCUUGCAUCGUUCUAAUUAUAGUCUACAUGUUAGCAAUAAUGAUGAUCUGCUGCAUGGAACAGAAUGGAAUAGAGACAAACUGAAAGGUUCUUAUUGUACACGAGGUGAUGAAAAGAGCCGGGAGUCCAAACGGCCCCGCUAUGAUGACACAGAGAAGUUACAUAGUAUGCAUGAUGAUUACUCAAGUUUUAGUUCUGGGACACGAAACUAUAGACAUCGUCGAAGAAGCCCUAGUCCUAGGUUUCUAGAUCCUGAGUUUCGAGAAUUGGACCUUGCAAGACGAAAACGAGAGGAAGAAGAACGAAAUAGGAACUUGAAUCAGGAUCUGGUGGGAGUUGAUGAUGGUGCCACUAACUGUCCCAUCCCUGGAUUGUCAGGUGUCCCACCAUCAUUGGAGCCAGGAUAUUCUUCACAUCGGCCUGAGGACGUAUCUGUGAUGCCCAAGAAAUCCAUUCUCAAGAAGCGAAUUGAGUUGGAUAUGGAGCCUCCCACACAGCUUGAGAAUUUUCCCUGCAAUACCAGUUCCGGCGAGGAUCCGUCUCUCUACUCUAGACAUCCAUCUCUUCCACUAAGUGGCGCUAUUACUACUUUUGCCGCAGAGAUUGACAAUAACAAGGGGACUGUGAUAGACACUGCCCUGAAGGAACCUCAGAACAACCUCUACCAAAGGGGUCCCCUUCCUGAAUUAUCCAAAGAUAACAGUCCCCUCAGAGAGAAAUAUGGAAGUUUUCUCAGCCAUAAAGAGAAAUUGGAAAUGAAGGCCGAUGGUCCUGAGCAACAUACAGACUUCUUGCUCCCUCAUGAGAGAGCCAGUCAGGAUGGCAGUGGUUUUUCUCGUAUUCUGAGUAUGUUGGCAGAUUCUACCAGCACACAGGGAAAAAGGCGAUGUAGUUUCCCUGACAUUGAAGAUGAGGAGAGAUUUCUCUAUGGGGAUGAAGAAGAGGACUUAAAGCCAGAAUCGCCACCAAAGCCCCUUGGAGGCUCUCAGAGUGAAGUUCUGAGACAGAAGGCAAGUUGUGUGACCUCCUUAGCUCCAACUGUUAAGCGAGAAUCGGUAGAAGAGACCAAUCCGGAGUAUGCCAAGGUUCAUGACUUGCUUAAGACCAUAGGAUUGGAUAUCGGGGUGGCAGAGAUUAGCAAACUGGCUGUACGCACCCAGGAACGACUUCAUGGCAAGAAGCCCUCACGUUCCCUAGCUGAUCGUCGUUCUUCAGUUGACCGACACUUUUCAGCUGUAGACCGCUGUUCUUCAGUUGAUCAGCCCUCCUUGGAUCGUCAUAGACUGGAGAGUAGGGAAGAGCUCAAUAAUAAUUUGACUCAAGUCCCAGAACUAUCCCAUCCACGUUCAGUCUCUGUGGACCCUCCAUUCCUCAAGUCUGAUUAUGCAGCAGGCCAGAUUGCCAGACCAGAGGUAGUUGGCAGUGGGUUUCAGCCGUCUGCUUCAGUUAGGUGCUUAUUGCCAUUAGCGCCAUCCACCUCAGUUAGACUUACUCACCCUGCUUCUUUAACACAGUUUCACAUGCCAAGAGCUUCUCAUUUUGUUUCAACCCGGAUACCUCCAAACUACCAGGGACCUGCUCUUCCCCCUUCCUCCUUUGAUGCCUACAGGCACUACAUGGCAUAUGCAGCUUCAAGGUGGCCCCUGUACGCUACUUCGCAACAGUCAAACCGCUCUCUAACUGAACAACACAGGAUAAUGCCAGUUUCCAGACAAACAACUCGUAGUCGACCCAAUCUUCGUGUGAUCCCCACUGUAACUCCUGAUAAACCUGAACAAGAGACAUCACUGCUAGGUCCAGUUCCUAUUACCCCUGUGCCAGCCCAGGUGUCUAUCCCACCACUCAUGAAGUAUAAUCCAGAGAAGAUCUCUGACGAGAAGAACCGUGCUUCCCAGAAACAGAAGGUUAUUGAAGAGAGAGAAAAGCUAAAGAAUGACCAGGAAGCUCGCCAAAAAAAGAUGUGUUACCUUAAGACUGAACUGGAGAGGCUUCAUAAACAGCAAGGGGAAAUGCUGCGCAAGAAACGAAGGGAAAAGGAUGGCCACAAAGACCCACUCCUGGUGGAAGUGAGUCGACUUCAAGAUAACAUUAUGAAGGACAUCUCACAGCUUCAACAGGAGUCAGAAGAGGCAGAAAAGAAGCAAUCUGAACUUGACAAAGUCGCUCAGAUCUUGGGAAUUAACAUUUUGGAUAAAUCAGAGAAGUCUUCAAGUGACAAUAAAGAGCCUCUGGAGAAGCCUGAGGAAGCUGAUAAAUCUAAGACUCCAGAAAAAGCGUCAUCUUCAAUUUCUUCUUCCAAUAUCAAGGAAUCAAAGCCAAGUAAUGAAAAUUCAUCUGUAAGCCCACAGCCACUGGCCAACCAGCCCGAUCAGCCUAUUGCUACUUACGAGUAUUAUGAUGCUGGUAAUCACUGGUGCAGAGACUGCAAUACCAUCUGUGGGACCAUGUUUGACUUCUUCACUCAUAUGCACAACAAGAUCCACACAAAGACACUGGAUCCUUACAACAGACCUUGGGCUUCAAAGACCCACAGUGAGGCCAAGCCAGAUGCUGUAAAGCACACUGACAAGAUUACUAUUCCUGCCAAAGGCUCCGAGUUUCUGUUUCCCAUCAAUGGAUAUUAUUGUCAGCUCUGUGAGGAAUUUUUGGGGGAUUCAUUUUCUGGAGAGCAACAUGUGAAGAGUCUUCAACACAAUGAGAAAUAUAAGAACUACGUGGAUGAAAACCCAUUGUAUGAGGAAGAGCGAAAUCUGGACCACCAAGCUGGAUUAGCGGUAGCCCUGAAGAGAGCAAGGCGACGUCAGAAUAAGCUUAAACGCAGACUUAGUGAGAAAACAAAGGAAGAGAAGAAAGAAAAAAAGGCAAAGAUUAUGAAAGAUGUAAGCGAGGAUGACAAGAUCUGUGAGGAAUUAGAUGACCAUUUAUUUGAGGAUAAGAACGGUAGUGAAAAAAAUGUCUGUAAAAAGAAGCCUAGCAUCAAACUCCAAUUAAAAGAAGAGUUAAAGAAAGAUUCACCAACCUCUUCCUCUUUUGGGAAAUUCAGCUGGAAGAAAUCAGAAAAAGAGGAGGAAAACAGUGCAGCAGUGACACUAAGUAUUCCCAAGGAAGAGACUGUGGAAAGCAGUAAGGAUAAAGAGGAUAGCAAAGCUGAAACUGGGAAGGCGAAACUCAUUAAAAUCAGGCUUUCUGGGAAAACAGUUGUGGCACAUACUAGCCCUUGGACACCUGUUGUGACCACUUCAGCUCAGACUAAGAUUCGACCCAAUCUGCCUAUCCCAUCCACAGUGCUCCGUAAGUCCAGCUCAGCCACAAUGAGCAAACCAGCUCCUCUUAAUACUUUUCUCUCAAUCAAGUCCUCUGGAACCACUGCUAAGCCUCUACCAGUUGUUAAAGAGUCAUCACCUGAACAACUUCUACCUCCCGAUAUCAUCUCCAAAGCAUUUGGAGGGGAAGAGGUGCUUCUAAAAGGGUCUCCAGAGGAAAAAAAGGUACUGGCUGAAAAGAAAGAGCCAUCCCAUAUGCCAGAACAAAUACUACCGCCCCCACCGCCGCCGCCACCACCACCACCUCCUCCUCCACUCCCCACAGUUACACCUCAUCUAGCUGCUCCAACUUCUACUCAAGUAGAUGCUACCUUGACUCCAACACAGUCAAGCCCAGCUGUCUCUCAGCCUCUCAGCCCUGACUUCCUGGAUCUUAACAUUUUGAACAGUGUGUUGCCAGUAGCUAUCAUGGCUUCAGCACAGCCAGCUGCUAUACCUUCUGAUGAAACAGCUCCUGGGGUAAGUGAGAAUGAUAAAGACCAGGCUGUGUUUUCUGUGUUAGUUCGCCCUCCACCUCCCCUCUCAAGUGUGUUCAGUGAACAAGCGAAAAAAUUGGAAAAGCGAAAUUCAUGCCUAGCCACAGCCAAUGCUAAAGAUUUGUAUGACAUAUUCUACAGUAGUGGUGGAAAGGGGACAACAGAGACUAAACUGAGUAGUGGUUCAUUGGCCAAUGGGGAAAACCCCAACCUCUUAAAAGUUGGAAAUUCAGAUACUUCUGCCAUUUCUACUUUGAAUAGCUGUAUAUCCCAAGAGAAGUUCACUCCAGAUGAAAGUUUGGACUCUGUUCCUUUAGUCAGCAAACAUGAAAAAUCUGUUAAAAAAACAACAUUGGUAUCUUUAGAGAAAUGGUCAGUUGUAGAACACAUAGACCCAAACAGCAAAGAUAGUAGAUAUAGGUUUCUACAACCUCUGACAAGGUUGUGCCAAAGCAGGUCUUAUGAAGCUGUUGCCCAAACGACAGACACUAUGGCCAUUUGGACUUCUAGCUCAUUCGAGAAUGAUGCUAGUAGGGAUGUAUCUCCAGAGGUAAAAAAUGAGCUUGACGUUGGAGCACCAGGGCCACCAGAUACAGAACCAGCCCAUCAGCUCUUGGACAUUCAUUCUCAUACCAUGGAAUCUCAGAAGCUGGUAGAAGCCCACCUUCUGAAAUCUGGUGACCAGGAUGAAAAACGCCAAGAGCUCCAGAAAUCUAAAGAUUAUAGAGAAAAUGAGGAAAAGACAAACACUGUACUAAAAGAAAGAGGACAAAGGCCUUCUGAGAGGAUUAUAGGAGAGGGAACUGGAAUUAAUAUUGGCCCCAAUAACACAGCAGACUCUAAUUUGAACCAUGAGAAAAAAUACGUGUCAGAAAGAGAAGCACAAGUGACUGACAAAAAGGCUGAGCAGUCCAAGACACUAAUGACAGGAAGCAAAAUUCAAAGUAGUGUAAGAAUUGAAUUGACUGCACAAACUCUCUCUUCAUCACAGGUAAAAAUAGAUUCAUUUCCAUCAGAAACUAGAUCUUUACUCCAGAACCCACAAGAUAAAGUUUUAAAAAGUCUUGCCCCAGAAUUACUUCUUCAAUCCUCAGCCAAACCACCUACAUGUUUAAUAGAUCAUAUAAAAGAAAAGGGAGUUUCAGCUAAUAUAGAAUGGCCAGAAAAUUCACUUCUAGAACCAGCUUCUAAAAUCUCCAGAUAUAAAAGUCUUAAACUCAAAAAAGAAAGAUCAAAAGGUUUUCAGGGUAAAAUGAUGCAUGAACUGACUGUUUCAGAAGAGAAGAGGAAGAAGCCAGAAAUUUGGGGAUGUCCAGAGAAAUCAGAAGCAGAAGCCCUGGAACUACAAGGUAUCCAUCCAGAAUUAACAGUGACGGUAGAAGGAAAACCUUUAGAAAACUCUGAAAUCACAGACUUAAAAGUGAAAGAACUUGCUGCCCUGAGAAAUCUGGGGAAUGUGGGUAUCGAUUUUCACAAUACUCAAGUAGAAAACACAACACAUAAAUCCUCAACUUCCCUGUCUCAGAAAAUAUGUGAAGAAAAUUCUCCAUCUUAUGUAGGACACAAUCCUAACACUCUCACUGACUUUGAAUCCAUCCCAUCCUUUUCUGCGUUUCACUCAGACUCUCCUAAAACCCUGGUCCUUAACAUUGGAACAGAGGGUGAACAAAACUCAUCUAAUCCCAGAAAUGGGAGGAUCACCCGUAACAUUUUGAAAACUGCACUUCCUAUAGAAAAUGUUGACCUUGACUUGGGGAGACUGGAAGGAACCCACCAGGCCUUUGAUUUGUUAGCAGGAGGAAUGAUGCCCAAGGAGGAAGAAGGAACUGAAGCAAAGAAACAAGAUUCAUUCAGACUGAAAUCCCAAACAAUGAGUUCUCCUUGCCUUCCGGACCUUGUUGACUUUGUUACCAGAACAUCUGUGGUUCAGAAAGAAAAGAUCUGUUCUCUCUCAGAACCAGGUGGCCCUCCUGAAUGUAAUUCCCCAGAGAAUGCAUCUGUCAGACAGGUAACAAUGCCUCAAGUUGAUGCAGUUGAUGACAGCCAUUUGAAUAUGGGAGAAUGUCUGGCUUCAACCUCUCCUACGAGACAGCAGGUUGUUAGAAGCAAUAUGUUCCCUCGUGAUACACCUGUCCAGGGAGCUACAGUUGAUGCUAUUCAGGACUACGAAGAACCCAGUGUUCAUAAAUAAGAAUGCACAUCCAGAACAGCUUGUGGGUGAAUCAGUGGCUUCUAGACUCUGGCACCCAGAUGAUGCAGGUCGCUCUCAUCUGGACCCUACAGGCAAUAUCCUCCGCUUCGUACAGUGAAUGCUCAUGGAAGUCUUCUUCCCUUUUUGUGUUUUCCCCAUGUCUCCUUAAAAUAUCAGAGAAAUGACUAAUAACUACUUCUAUACAUAUCUGUAAAAAUAUCUUAUGUUAAAAUGUUUUAUUGCCGAUUUUGUCAUUAAAAUCAAAUGUCUAUCUGGUUCACCAUCUAGUGUGCUUUGAUUGUAUUUUGACUUUGCUUCUGCCGUUCUGGAAUGUGGGGGAGGAGAGGAACAGUUGGUUUCUUCAAUUGCUAUGUUGUAUUCCCACCCAAUUUUGUGGGCAACUGAUGGAUCUAGGAGAAACACCAGAAAGCUGGCUAAAAUUGAAAACUGCUGAUGAACGAUUGUUCAUCUCUUGGGCUUCUGUUUGGAUGGGCCUGCCUUAAUAUUUUGAAGUACAGUGUGAGUAGCUCUUUCAUAUACUGUUUGUGGGACAUCAACUAUACUCCGUUGUCUUCGCUUGAGACACAAACCUGUCUGGAAGUCGUUCAUAAACACCAUAAAAUCUAGCAGGCUCACUUUGGAAGACAACAAAUUGGUAAGACAUAAAAUUGCUCAGUUGCUAGAAGCAUAUAGGCUUCUUGGCUCACUUUUAAUUUUGAAAUGGCCUUUGUUAUGUCUGUCAAGACUUUGUCUAAUUGUUUAGUAACUGUUGUAAAGAGGUAGAGUUUUAAAACUAGGUUUGGGAUUGAACUCAUUCUGUUUUUUCACUAAUUGACUACAUGCAAGGACAUAAUUCAUAUAUCUUUCUACCUCUCUGUUCCCAGAUUUUUUAACCAUAAUGUGAUAUUAUGAGUUGUACACUUUGUUUAAAAGAUUAAAGAGUUUAUAAGUUGGUUUGGACAAGUUUAACUUUAUUUUUUUAAUGUGUCAAUUGCUUGCAAUAAAUGCAUUAAUCUCA